AUGUGGUCCCUCCUGGGCGCGGCUGUCUACCCUGGGGCCAUUGCCAAUGCCGCUGACUUGCUGGACAUCGGCCUGGUCUACCCACGCGCAAACGAGACGUGUGAGCCAACGGAUGAGUUUCCACUUGUCUUUGCGCUCCAGAAUGUCAAGCAAGCCGAAUAUCUUGAGCCCACCAUCUCGCUUCGUGUCCUCAACUUAACAAAAUCAACCUCGGACAUUGAAGUCCUCAGCGAUCGGAUGCACGAACUCCGCUGGGGCAACGUCUCGGAGAACGAGCCCUAUCUUUUCUGGAGCCAUUUCAAGGUCAGCGGCGAGGGCCAGAUCCGCGUGAUCUGGCAAGCGUUCUGGUCCGCGUGCGAGGAGAUUAGCAGCUACGACAAGCGUGUGCGAAAUCGCACUGAAAACUUUUGGGUUGAUAUCGAAGUCAAAAAUGGUGGGCAAAAGGCCGAUCUCGUUGCUGGCACGGCUGGUGAUAGCAAUGACUGUCCUAAUCAAGGGGUUGCGAUCAACGUGACUACCGAUGCACGUGAAUAUUCUGGCUGGACCAAUGGACGCCAAGAGUCAGGAACUUGCGCAGUGCUGGCAUCACCAUCGCCAACAUCGACUUCGAAUACCUGCCGCGUCAAGAUUGAAACGUCCGUAGUAGAAAGUAUGGAGGCUGUGGAUCUUGCGAAGAGGUGCCGAGGCUUGAAUUCUCCUGCCGAGUGCCCGGAGAAGGAUGAGGCGGUCACGAAACUGGCUGCUAUGAGUGUCCCCAUUUUGGCAGCUCUUCUUGGUACCGCUCUCUUUCUUGCUUGA